UCCACCUGGACUCUGGUGGACACCAUGAACUACGUGGGCCAGCUGGCGGGCCAGGUGCUGGUGACCGUGAAGGAGCUGUAUAAGGGGAUUAAUCAGGCCACUCUGUCAGGCUGCAUCGACGUGAUCGUGGUGCGACAGCCUGAUGGGACGUUCCAGUGCUCCCCGUUCCACGUGCGCUUCGGGAAACUGGGCGUCCUUCGCUCCAGGGAGAAAGUGAUCGACAUAGAAAUCAACGGGGAAUCUGUUGAGUUGCACAUGAAGCUCGGAGACAACGGAGAGGCCUUCUUUGUCCAGGAGACCGAAAAGCACAAUGAGAUCGUCCCGGCCCACCUGGUGACGUCGCCCAUCACCACAGAAGAACCUCUGUUCAGGAGCAGAGAGCCCAGAAACGGGGGCUCGUCUGCAGAGAGCGGUCAGCCUCUAAAUCCAGAAGAACCAACGUCUGGAAACUUGCAGCCCUGCUCCAACAACACGGCCGGCAAGAAGAAGAAGAGACGCAGGAGGAAGCACAAAGCCGAGCACCGGAAAGAGGAGCAAACUACACCUGCUGCAGGAGGAGAGCCGGAGCUGAAUGAGCUCAGUUCAGACGAGGAGCCCAACGCUCACAAUGGACGGGCCUCUUCGCUUGCCGCCACCACCACGAAGGACAACACGGAGCACAGGCAGCAUUCCCCGCUCACCACCCUGGAGUGGGACAGCUACCCGUUCUCAGACGGAGACUGGUCGCCCUGCAUAGCGGAAAUGUCCGAGCCGAUGUCGCCCAAGAGUGACUCGGAGCUGUUGGUGAAUCCUGCAGAGAGCAUGCUCAGAGCUGAUUCACACAUGCAGUGGACGUGGGGAGAGUUUCCAGAAUCCACAAGGGUCAAUAAAAAGGACAAGUCGAAGACGUUGACCAUCACUCCCUCAGAGAACACACACUUCAGGGUUAUCUUAAGCUCCGAGGCCAUGGAGGAAGAGUCCACGAAGAGAAAGAGAACCGCUGAUCCCGUCUGCAGCAUCGUCAAACCAGAACCUCGGACCAUCAAACCAGAUCAGAGCGGCUGCAGACCGAAGCCUCCCAAAGCUUCACCGCAGCCGGACCUUUCGGAUCUGAGCUUCUCACCCGAGCCGUGUCUCGGUGACUCUGACGUCAGCUCUAAAGCGGCGAGGAAGACGAGGUGGACGUCUUCGCCGCCCAGCCGCAGGGAAAGCUUCACUGGUGCCGGCGGAGGCAGCGACGAAGCGGCUGGAGACUCAGCGGCUGUGUGUCAGGAUGCGAGAGCCUCAACCAAACCCACCGACUCCCCCGCCAAGAGGAGAGGUGUGAGGAAGAGGAGCCAACAUCAGGGACCUGAAGACAUUUACCUCGAUGAUCUGAACGUACUCGAGCCGGAUGUUGCUGCUCGGUACUUCCCUAAAAGUGAGUCCGAGCAGGUUCCGAAGCACUGGGUGGAGAGCGGGAGGCGUUCUGGAUCCCAGUCGCCUCAGUCGGUGGGAAGCGCGGCUGCAGACAGCGGCACCGAGUGUCUGUCGGACUCUGCCGGCGACCUGCCUGACGUCACGCUGUCACUCUGCGGUGGAGUUGGGGAGAAUUCGGAGAUCUCUAAAGAGAAAUUCAUGGAGCACAUCAUCACCUACAACGAAUUUGCAGAGAAUCCGGCAAUUAUCGACAAUCCCAAUCUGGUGGUUAGGAUUUCAAACAGAUAUUACAACUGGACGGUGGCGGCACCGUUGAUCCUUUGUAUGCGCUUUCAGAAGAACCUGCCAAAGGCUACAGAGGAGGCCUGGGUGAAGGAGAAAAUGCCAAAGAAGUCCGGGCGUUGGUGGUUCUGGAGGAAGAGCAGCGUGAAGCAGUCAUCAUCAGAGACAAAGUUAGAGAGGCAGGAGUCCCUGAACAGAGAGAGUCGCCUCCACCAGGCCCCAGAAACACAGCAGAAAACAGCCGAGUGGUCGAGCGACGACGAGACCAAAGAGCUGAACGCUGUAGCGCCUGCUCUGACGCCUACUGAGCGUGUGCAGAAAGAGGCACCGGCACCGGCUCCGUGUCCCGCCUACAAGAAGUCACUUCGCCUGUCGUCCGACCAGAUAAUCCGACGUGUUCGGUCAGAUUCUUCCUCAGCUCGGGAAAGACUGGACUCAUCAAGGAAUAGCGAAACUUUACCACUCAGUGCACGAGAACGGCUACAAGUUCUUGUACUGCUCGGGCCGAGCGAUCGGCAUGGCCGACAUGACCCGAGGAUAUUUACACUGGGUCAACGACCGAGGGACUCUCCUGCCUCAAGGGCCCCUCAUGCUUUCCCCGAGCAGCCUCUUCUCCGCCUUCCACAGAGAGGUCAUAGAAAAAAAGCCUGAGAAGUUCAAGAUCGAAUGCCUCACGGACAUUAAGAACCUGUUCCUCCCAAACAAACAUCCUUUCUACGCCGCCUUUGGAAACAGAGCAAGUGACGUGUUUGCCUAUAAGCAGGUGGGUGUGCCUGUGUGUCGGAUAUUCACCGUGAACCCAAAGGGCGAGUUAAUCCUCGAGCAAGCCAAAGGCAAUAAAACAUCAUACAGCCGACUGAGCGAGCUGGUGGAGCAUGUUUUUCCUUUACGGAGCUCCCAACACAACGCUACCUUCAGCUGCCCGGAGUUCAGCUCCUUCUGUUACUGGAGACAACCGAUCCCUGAGGUUUGCUUUGAGGAGCUGCUUUAA